GACAGACAGAAAGACACAUAUUCUCGCUCGCUAAAUACUCGAGGAGGGCACCAAAAGUAGACUAAUACUUUAAUCCCUCCCACACCCCUCAUUCUCAACUAUCUGUCUGUCAUCUCCUGCUAAAAACCCUUGUAAUUUCUCACCUUCAUUAAGGCACAAAAUCAAGAGUUGCUGAUUUGAUCUUUCAAUGGCUCUGGUGCUUGACAACUGUGAAGAGAUAUUGCUCUCCCUAGACUCCCACAAGUCAGUGCCGGCACCAUUCCUCACUAAAACCUACCAACUAGUAGAUGAUCCCACCACAGAUAAAAUAGUUUCAUGGGGUGAAGAUGAUACUACUUUCGUAGUAUGGGGACCUCCUGAGUUUGCUCGUGAUCUCCUUCCAAAUUACUUCAAGCACAAUAAUUUCUCUAGCUUUGUCAGACAACUUAACACUUACGGUUUUAGGAAGAUUGUACCAGACAGAUGGGAGUUUGGCAAUGAGUUCUUCAAGAAAGGAGAAAAACAGUUGCUUUGUGAGAUCCAUAGACGAAAAACUUCUCAGCCACAAGUGGCUAUAAACCAUCAUUACCACUCGCAUUCUCCUUUGGUUAAUGCCCCGAGUUUCUUCCCAUUUCCAAGCCGAGUCAGCAUCUCUCCAGCUGCCUCAGAUGAAAAAGCCAACUGGUGUGACUCACCAAGAGUAGGUACUGGAGUCUCAGUUUUUGGAGGCUAUAACAGCUCAGUUACUGCUCUAUCAGAGGACAAUGAGAAGCUAAGAAGAAGAAACAAUUUGCUUACUUCUGAACUUGCCCAUAUGAGAAAGCUUUACAACGAUAUUAUCUAUUUUGUUCAAAACCAUGUUAAACAUGUCACUCCCAGCAAUCCAUACCCUCCUAAUAUGCUUCUGUGUGGAUCUCAAUCUGCUGCUAAUAGCUCAUUGUUGCAAAAGCAUUUGAACCAGCUUCUUGGGUAUUAUCCAAAUAGCACAAAGCCAGCCCAAGUUCAGUUCUUGAACACUCCAACUGCUGCAUCAAAGAGCUCCUUGACGAUUUUGGAAGAAACAAGCAGAAAUAGUUGCAAAACAAAGCUAUUUGGUGUGCCUUUACAUUCAAAGAAGAGAUUGCACCCGGAGUGUGGUGCAACCAACAGUGAGACUAACAAGGUACGUUUGGUCUUCGAAAAUGAAGAUUUAGGGUUGAAUCUCAUGCCUCCUUCUACAUGUUAGUUUCCCAUAUCCAAUCAAGAUUAUUCUAUCUUCCUUCUGUGGAUGUUUCCGAACUGCAACUGUGUAUAUAAUAUCAGUGCUGGUAAAUGAAGGUGGGUUUUGGUUAGAGUGAAGGUGAAAAAGAAAGUUUAAAAUCUCAACGCCAAUCUUUUUUUUUUCUUUAAUGUUCUUCAGUUUACUAUUGGUGCCAUUUAUUACUCA